AUGACCUUUCGCAUGCCCGUGCUCUGCUGCGUGCUGCUAGCGUUGCUGGCAGCAGCACAACACGACGACGAUGCCAAUCUUCUGGACGAGAAUGUCACGGUCGAAACCACCUCCUACUUCGUGUCUUCGCCCGUUCCGCCACUCACACUCAAUGCCUCCUCUCAUAAGAAAGAGGAUCCCCUCUUUCCCAAGGAUCUGUUCACCGACGAGCAGCUCAAGUCCGGGGCCAUAAUUUUUCACAUAAUGGGCGUCAUUUACAUGUUCGUCGCUCUCGCCAUCGUCUGUGACGAGUUCUUUGUUCCGGCGCUAGACGUCAUCAUCGAGAAAUUCGAGAUCCAAGACGAUGUGGCGGGCGCGACCUUUAUGGCAGCCGGUGGCUCUGCACCUGAGCUCUUCACCAGCGUCAUCGGCGUGUUUGUCUCCUUCGACGAUGUAGGUAUUGGGACCAUUGUCGGUUCUGCAGUAUUCAACAUCCUAUUCGUUAUCGGAAUGUGUGCAAUUUUCUCCAAAACAGUUCUAACGCUCACCUGGUGGCCCCUUUUCAGAGACUGCUUUUUCUACUCGAUCAGCUUAAUAGCGCUAAUUGUUUUCUUUAGAGAUAAUAGAAUUCAAUGGUACGAGGCCUUGAUUUUGUUCAGCUUUUAUAUUGCCUACGUCAGUUUUAUGAAAUGGAACCAGCCGAUGGAACGGCUCGUUAAAAAAGUUGUUUACAAGAACAAAGUUACUAGAGUGAGGUCUACCGAUCAACUUAUGCCAACGUCUGCUUCACAUGGCACUGUAGCGACAUCUAGUGAAACAAGCGUGGGAACGCAACCUGGCGGAAGCAUUACUUCGCGUACUGCCUCUGAAACACCACAGGUACCUGCCUCUACUUCAGGACAUCACACAGGAGCAAAAUUCAGACAUGGCCUCCUUCAACUUAUGAUACACACAAUAGACCCCCUUCAUGAUGGUCAGUAUGCAGGAAAAGUUGACGAAAAAGCGACACAACUGCACGCUAUUGCGUCCUUAAAGGUCCUUUUGGACGCCACAAAGCCACAAAAUGGCGCUGCCACGUCCUCGACGGCGAGUUACGUGGCCACCGCCACUGCCUCCAUUGCGAAGCAGGAGACAACGCUGGCCCCGUCCAGCUUGUCUUCGGAUAUGCCCAACGGCGUAUCUAACGCCCUAGCGGAUAUCAAUUUAGAUGCGCGUCGUAUGUCUGCCGUACGCACCCGUGCAUCGCGUAAAUCUCUGAGCUCACAAGCGGUGGUCUGUCUGCAGGUUGGUGAUGGAGAUAACGAGGAUCCGCAGGCCGAAGCCAUGGAUAUGAGCUGGCCUGACGGUAUGCGAAAGCGCAUCACUUACGUGCUGUUGGCCCCUAUUGUCUUCCCGCUUUGGUUAACUUUGCCAGAUACCAGGGCACCUAGAGGUAAAAAGUUCUUUCCGCUAACAUUCCUCGGUAGCAUCGUUUGGAUCGCGGCCUAUUCGUACCUGAUGGUGUGGUGGGCCAACCGAGCGGGGGACACGGUGGGGAUACCCCCCGAGGUCAUGGGGCUGACGUUCCUGGCCGCGGGCACCUCCAUACCGGACCUAAUCACGUCCGUCAUCGUGGCGCGCAAGGGAUUCGGGGACAUGGCCGUCUCUUCGUCCGUUGGCAGCAAUAUUUUCGACGUUACCGUCGGGUUACCAGUGCCUUGGUUGUUAUUUUGCAUCAUUUAUCGAGAACCAGUAGAAGUAAAUUCCACUGGAAUGGUAUGCUCCAUUACCAUUUUAUUUAUGAUGUUGGUGUUUGUGAUCAUCUCCAUUGCAUGUUUCCGAUGGAGAAUGAAUAAGGGCCUCGGCUUUACAAUGUUCUUACUCUAUUUCGUCUUCGUUGCGGUGUCACUCAUGUUCGAAUACAAGUACAUCUUAUGUCCAGUGUAAGAGGGUGUGAGAUA